AAAGUAAAUAAAUGAAUGGCACAAAAACCAUUGACCUCGGAUUCAGCGAAGGGUUAAAGUCCUGGUAGAAAUCCUAUUAAGCGUAUUGGCUCAUGAAAGUUACAGUUUAAUCUUCUUUGCCAUUGCCCUAAAUCACAUGGUCCCACGGGAGAGUAGAUCUGGAGAGGAUAUUGGAAUAUUGCAUCUUUUAAAAUGGAGAGCAUGGGUAUGCUAACGGAGGAAGAAGUAAAAAAGUACCAGGAGGAUGGGUACCUCGUACUGGACGGGUUUCUGGACCCAGAUGAGUGCGAUGUCCUGAGGAAGAAGAUGAGCGAGAUUGUGGAUAGGAUGGAUGUCCCAGAACAUUGCAGGAUCCAGUUCUCAACUGAUCACGAGGAGCAACUGAAGGCGCAGGGCAGUGCUGAUUAUUUUAUCACCAGUGGGGAUAAGAUUCGGUUCUUCUUUGAAAAAGGUGUUUUCAAUGAGAAAGGAGACUUCACUGUGGCCAGAGAAUGCUCUCUAAACAAAAUUGGACAUGCCUUACAUGCUUUUGAACCAGUAUAUAAAAAUGUUACACAUUCCCAAAAGGUUCAGACUGUGGUUAAGAAGUUGGGUUUAAAGUGUCCUGUGAUUUUGCAGAGUAUGUACAUAUUCAAGCAACCUGGGAUUGGAGGAGAAGUGAAUCCCCACCAGGACGCCACCUUCCUGAACACAGAGCCGCUGGGCAGAGUGAUGGGACUUUGGAUCGCGCUGGAGGAUGCCACCCUGCAAAAUGGCUGCCUGUGGUUCAUUCCCGGGUCACACAAGAAUGGGAUCACAAGGCGAAUGGUACGCACCGCAAAAGGUGCCUUCCCUCUGACAGACUUUGUGGGAAGGGAGCGGAACUAUGACGACAACCUUUUCAUCCCUACACCGGUUAAGAAAGGAGGACUGGUUCUGAUCCACGGAGAGGUGGUGCACCGCAGCGCCGAGAACAUCUCCAGCCACUCGCGUCACGUUUACACCUUCCACGUCAUGGAGUCUCAGGACACGCUAUGGAACCCUGAGAACUGGUUACAACCCAGCCCGGAGCUGCCCUUCCCUCCUCUCUACACCUAGAGCCAGCAUCCCUGCUCCACCACAUCAGAGAGAAAGCAAAUGGCAACUUUCUCUAAAGUCAGAUUCUUAUGAAAUACUGACGGGACACUUACUAAACACUUAAAAUACAUUUAAGCCAAUAGAAUUACUGCACUGAGUACAGAUAGGCCUAACCACCAGCAAAUAACUGCCAACUGUGACCAAGUGACUGAUAGUGUUUAAAUAUCAAAACAUACAUUUUAUGCAUGUUUAUUAAUACAUCCAUAAAAUUGUAAAAUAUGAAUAAAGCCAGCAAGACUGAUACAAGAA